UCAGCAAGAUGGCGGCUCGACGUUGCGGACGGCGUCAGUGAGGAGCGGUCCGGAGGACGGCGGCCAUCAGACACGUCAGUAGGGACCGAGCGAGCCUAGGCCCCAGCUCGGCGGGUGGGUGUCCUCGGGCCGGGCGUUGUUGUUGUUGCUGCCGCUGCCGCCGCCGCCGCCGCCCUGAGAUGAGCCGGGGUCUCGGGAGCGGGCCGGGAGGGUGAUCACCGCUUCGUUCGCCGGGGCAGAGGGGAACGAGACGCCCGCAGGAAGAUGAACCUUCACCAGGUCCUGACCGGCGCAGUCAACCCCGGGGACAGCUGUUUCUCGGUGGGCAACGUCGGCGAUGAACCGUUCACGGCCUAUGCUUCAGGGUGUGAUAUUGUGAUUUUAGCCAGCGAUUUUGAAAGACUUCAAAUUAUUCCUGGGGCCAAACAUGGAAAUAUCCAAGUUGGAUGUGUGGAUUGCUCCAUGCAGCAGGGAAAGAUUGCAGCAUCAUAUGGAAAUUUGAUCUGCAUUUUUGAGCCCACCUCCCUUUUAAAUCUGAAAACUAAGCGUUCUACACUAAAUUAUCAAUGGCAGAAGAAUGGACAGUUUGCACUGGAGUCAGUGGUACAUAACUUAGCAUGGGACCCACAAGGAAUUCGUCUCUUGACGGGUUCCAAUUCUUUACAGCUUUGGUCCAAUGGAAAUCUGGAAAUGAAUAUUAAUGAAGAGGAAGCUGCAGAUGAGACAGAUCCAAAUAAAGUUGGUGAUUGGAGAUGCAUCUGGGAGUCUAAAACUGCAUCUCCCAUCCAUCUGUUAAAGGUGUCUCCAGAUGGUGAAUUCUUUGCAACAGUGGGAAAGGAUGACUGCCUUGUGAAAGUGUGGUACAAUUCCAGCAGCUGGCAAUCAGCUGUGAUGACACCAGUCACACCAGCGGACAAGAAAGAAGGAGAUAUUGAUUUUUCCUUUGUAUAUUUAGCCCAUCCUCGGGCUGUGACUGGAUUCUCUUGGAGGAAGACCAGCAAGUACAUGCCAAGGGGCCUCACAUGUAAUGUCCUGUUGACUUGCUGCAGGGACAGUGUUUGUCGGUUAUGGGCAGAGACUUUACUCCCGAGUGAUAGUUUACUUUCUGGCGAAGGCCACACCCAGUGGUCUGAAUCUGUCUUUGCACCCAACAACCUCAAGAGGAACAUCUCCAGUCGGGAAAAGUUGAACAUCAGACCCUUUCGUAUAGGGAGAAGAAGAUCAUCUGGUCUUGUUGCACAUAGUGGAUAUUUACCCCAUCAACAGGAUGCACAUGAAGUCCAUAGGAAUGCACCUCUACAUGCAAAUUCACUUUGUCAUUUUCACAUUGCAGCCAGUAUUAAUCCAGCAACAGACAUUCCACUGCUGCCUUCCAUCACUUCAUUGAGCUUGAGCGAAAAUGAAGAAACUAAUGGACUCUUUGUGGUCCAUUGGCUAAACAACAAGGAAUUGCAUUUUACCUUGUCAAUGGAGGUCUUUUUACAGCAGCUACGAAGGAGCUUGGAGCAGCAAUCUCCAGAACCUGGAAUGGAAGACUUUGGACAAAAUGAGAGCAAAUCUGAUGAUGAAUUUGAUGAAAACAGUGAAUAUCACAAAGGAUUUGUGCAAUCUGUACUUUCAGACAAAAGUACUGGGGAAAAGACCUCAUCAGCUGUCAUGAUUGAUCAUAAAAUUGAAGUGCUAUUAGCAGAAUGGAACAAGAAUGCAGACAUGCUCUUCAGUAUUCAUCCUAUGGAUGGAUCUUUAUUGGUGUGGCAUGUUGACUGGCUGGAUGAGUAUCAGCCUGGGAUGUUUCGACAGGUGCAGGUUUCAUUUGCCUCUAGAAUUCCUGUGGCAUUCCCUACUGGUGAUGCAAACUCUCUGAGCAAGAGUAUAGUUAUGUAUGCCUGCACAAAAAAUGUAGACCUAGCUAUUCAACAAGGGAAACUGAAACCACCUGGCCUGACACACUCCACGUCGGGCAUGUUAAUCUCUGCUGGCCAAAAUAAAUCAUCUGGUAGUUUAAAGCUGAGCAUCUUCACACCUAAUGUGCUCAUGAUCUCAAAACAUGCAGAUGGAUCCUUGAACCAGUGGGCUGUCAGCUUUGCAGAGGAGUCUGCAUUUUCAACUGUCCUUGGCGUGUCUCAUAAGUCACGUUACUGUGGUCAUCGUUUUCAUCUCAAUGAUUUAGCAUGUCAUUCAGUUUUGCCCUUACUGUUGACUACUUCCUACCACAAUGCUCUCCGGACACCAGAUGGCGGAAGUCUGUACAAUGAAGGCAGGAGUUUUGACUCCUUUGAAUGCAAUGAUUCAGUAUCAAGAAACCAAAGGGAAAAUGGUACAGCAGCUACAUUCCAGGAUUCUAAUUCAAUAUACAGUGAACUAAUUCUGUGGCGAGUAGAUCCAGUCGGGCCAUUGUCGUACUCUGGAGGGGUGUCGGAAUUGGCCAGAAUCAAUUCCCUUCACGUUUCAGCCUUUUCAAAUGUGGCUUGGCUGCCAACUCUAAUCCCAAGUUACUGUUUGGGCACGUAUUGCAACUCUCCUAGUGCUUGUUUUGUGGCAAGUGAUGGUCAUUAUUUGCGAUUAUACCAAGCUGUUAUUGACGCUAAAAAACUUUUAAGUGAGCUUUCCAAUCCAGAAAUCGCUAGAUUUGUUGGAGAGGUUUUCAACAUUGUAAGCCAGCAGUCAACAGCAAGACCAGGCUGCAUUAUAGAACUAGAUGCAAUCACUGAGCUUUUUGGGAAAGAGACUCAGUUACUUCACGUCUUUAAGGAGGAUUUUAUAUUAGUUAAUCAACCCAAGAAAAUGCAGCAAAAUGAAAAACAGACUUCUGAUGAAACCAGUUCACAACAGGAAACAGAAGAACUACAAGAUGGGUUUUCAGAAAAAUUCUUUUUGGUGGUAAUUGAGCAUAAGCAGAACAACCACUCAGUGCUGCAUAUGUGGCAUUUACACUUGAAAUCCGAUCAGAUCUCUGUUGAUAAUGCUGCUGAAAUUUCUGUGUCUCCGCCAGAGCAACAGAAUGGCUUCUCCUCUGAAAAAUUGCAAUCUCCGUUCUUCAAAAAAUACCAGGCUUGUAAAGCAAAUUUACAGAGUGCCAGUAGAUUAGCGCUCGUCUCAAAAAGAGUUUACAGCCAAGAAUUGGCUCUGCCAGAGGGCGUUGAAAUUAUUAGAGCUACUCCCUCUGCAGGGCACCUGAGUUCGUCGUCAGUUCAUCCAGCAUGCCUUGCUCCAUAUCUUCUGGCAACUUCUUGCUCAGAUGGAAAAGUCCGAUUCUGGAGAUGUAAAGUGUCAGCUCGUUUGGUAUCUUCAGCAGCUGGGGAUGGUAUGGAGAGUAAUCUUGCCUAUUCUUGGGAAGAAUGGCCUUUACUGAUUGAAGAAGGACUUCAGAACAGUAGUGCUGUUAGUGUACCAGGAAGGCCGGUGGAUGUAAGCUGUUCGUACACAAGCCGGCUAGCAGUGGCUUACAAACGGACAAUACCAGUUAAUGGACAUUCCAGUAAACACUUCACCAUGCAUGUGGGUAUAUUUGAAUGCGAAUCAACUGGAGGCUCACAAUGGGUUCACGAACAGACAAUCCACUUGAAUGACUCAAGUCACACCGGUGCCAUGUUGGAUCCAAGAAUUAGUAUAGAUAGUAACUUAGUGGUUUAUAAUAAACAUGAGUCAUAUCUGACCGAUGAUCAUCAAAUGACUUUUGAUGCAAAACCUCUGGUUCACUUAGAUUGGGUCUCCAAGGAGGAUGGAUCUCAUAUCUUAACUAUAGGAAUUGGAUCUAAACUUGUAAUGUAUGGACAGGUUUCUGGAAUUAUACAAAACCAAACAAAGAAAGAAGCACCAGCAGUUUUCUCUCUGUCUUUAUGGGAUAGUGCCAAAGAAGUUUCUCAAUCUAGGUGGGUGCUUCUCAGAAGUGUGGAUUUGGUUUCUUCAGUGGAUGGAUCAUUGUCAUUGCCAGUUUCACUUUCUUGGGUGCGUGAUGGUAUCCUAGUGGUGGGGAUGGAUUGUGAAAUGCAUGUUUAUUCACAAUGGCAACCUCCUGACAAAUUGGAUCCAGUGAUUAAUGACGCUGAAAGCGGUAGUACUCCUUCAAUAGUUAGUCUAGCAAAAUACGGCAGUGCAAAUGGUUCCAACCCUUACUUGUACAGAAAAACCCUAGCAAGGUCAGUGACUGGGCUUGCUCAGAAAUUUGGUGGCAAAAAAUUUCCAUUUCAUUGGAAUAUUGAAAUGGAGGACUCUGGCCUUUUUGAAGCAUCUCAUGAUUUAUCUCCCACUCUGCCUCAAUACCAUCCUUUGCAGCUUUUGGAGUUAAUGGACUUGGGUAAAAUCAGACGAUCCAAAGCCAUCCUGUCUCAUUUAGUCAAAUGUAUUGCAGGAGAAGUAAUCACCGUCAGCGAUACUGAAACUAGCCACGAGCGACGACUCAGAUCUCUAACAAUUAGUGCAAGCGGCAGCACGGCAAGAGAUCCCUUAACCCCAAAUAAAAGUGAAAAUCCUGACUAUACAGAAAUAGACUCUAUCCCUCCUCUUCCUCUAUGUGCACUUUUAGCUGCUGAUGAAGAUAUUUCUCACACCACUUUUGAAAAACCGAGCAAACGAGCUAAUAUCAGCAAGAAAAACGAAAGGCAUUCAACAGGAAGCAACUAUGAUGAAUUAUUUGCCAUGUCCAGGGUUGGUACAGAUGACCUUGAUAGCUUCAAUGUUGAUGAAGACAAGCCGAAGGUUAUUGAUCUUUCUCAGUACAGUCUUACCUAUUUUGGUCCUGAGCAUGCUCGAGUACUAUCUAGUCAUUUGCUUCAUUCCAGUCUGCCUGGUCUUACCAGUAUGGAGCAAAUGUUUUUAAUGGCACUCGCAGAUACCAUGGCAACUAUCAGCACUGACAUCGGAGAAAGCAGAGAGCGAACCCAAGGCGGAGAUACCCUUGAUGAAUGUGGAUUGAGGUUUCUUUUAGCCAUGCGGCUCCAUACAUUUCUGUUGACAUCACUACCUCCAGUCUAUCGAGCACAACUUCUUCGUCAAGGUUUGUCUACUUGUCAUUUUGCCUGGGCCUUUCAUUCAGAGGCAGAAGAGGAGUUGCUAAACAUGAUCCCUGCAAUGCAGAGAGGAGAUCCCCAUUGGUCAGAGCUUAGAGCCAUGGGAGUCGGCUGGUGGGUGCGCAGCACAAACAUCCUUCGCAGAUGUAUAGAAAAGGUUGCCAAAGCUGCAUUCCAGAGAAACAAUGAUCCUUUAGAGGCAGCUAUAUUUUAUCUUGCAAUGAAGAAAAAGGCUGUAUUAUGGGGUCUGUUCCGGUCUCUUCACGACAGAAAAAUGACAGAGUUUUUUGGGAAAAAUUUCCAUGAUGAUAGGUGGAGAAAAGCUGCAUUGAAGAAUGCUUUUGCAUUGUUAGGUAAACAACGAUUUGAGCAGUCGGCAGCUUUCUUCCUUUUGGGUGGUUCCCUUAAGGAUGCAGUUGAGGUUUGCCUUGAAAGACUUCAUGAUGUUCAGUUAGCUCUAGUAAUCGCACGAUUAUAUGAAUCGGAGUUUGAAGUGUCAUCCACCUAUAAAUCUAUACUAAUCAGAAGGAUCCUGGGCUUUGAUGCAAAGAGCAAAGAUUUUAACCUUUCUCUUAGAAAUUCUGACCCUGUUUUGCGGAGUAUGGCAUAUUGGAUAUUGGAAGAUUACACCAACUCUCUGAAUACACUGUUGGAGCAGGGGAUGAGGGAAAGUGAUGAUUCCAGUGGAGCAACAGAAUGCAUCAAGCCUACUUCGUGCAACCCUGGUGUAUUUAAUUUCUACAACUAUUUGCGAACCCACCCCCUUUUGUUGCGACGACACUUUGCUUCUUCAGAGAAGACAGCAUCACAGAUGGGAUUAACUGUGGAAAGUGGUCUGGCAGAUAAAAUCAGCUUAGCUGAAAGAAGAUUGUUCUUUGCAACUGCAAAUGCACAUUUUAAAGCUGGCUGUCCAAUGUUAGCCCUUGAAGUCUUGUCUAAGAUGCCAGCAGUCACCAUGAAGCCAAAGAUUUUACAAAAUAAAAUAAGUUCUUAUUUCACUAUUAGUCCUUCAUUAGAAGAGUCUAAACCUAAAGUUUUGGAUUGUGAUUGCUCCUCACCAACAGUAAAUGGCAUGGAAUCUAAAGCCUCUUUUGAUUGGCUGUCAAAUGGACAAUCCAGUUCAUCUCUUAGUUUCGAUUGGAGUCAAUCUUCUCUAACUAUUGAAGAACAGCCACUGGAAUCAAAAUGGGAUAGUGAUCAAGAUGAUGAACUGGAAGAGAAUGGCCUGUCAAUGAAGGAGAUAAAUCCACCAUGUUCUGUUGCUGAGAAGGUGGAACAAGAAAGUUACUGUAAUUUCUCCAGUUCAGCUGAUGAUUUGUUAAGUCCAUCGGAAGAUGUCAUCGCCGCACAGUUAAAAUUUGGAGCUUGCUUGAAGAUACUUACAACAGAGCUGCGUACAUUGUCCACUGGAUAUGAGAUUGAUGGUGGCAAGCUCCGCUACCAAUUAUACAACUGGCUUGAGAGAGAAGUUAUAGCUUUACAGAAAACAUGUAAUUACAAUAUUGAUCUGGAAGUUAUGAAAGAUAGCUUUGAAGGUAUCUGGGAUGAAGUACCUAACAAUGGACAAGCAGAAAAUGGAGCUAUUGACCAGCAAAAGUCAUUUCACCAGCAAGAAUACUUGCAGCGUAGGAGACUGUGGCUUCUGCAAAACCAGUCCCUUCUAAGGAUGUUUCUUAGCUAUUGUAGUCUUCAUGGGUCUCAUGGCGGAGGCCUAGCAUCAGUUAGAAUGGAGUUGAUUCUUCUUUUACAGGAAUCGCAGCAGGAGCAUUCGGUGAAAGAGGCUACUAGUCCUUUGAUGCAACUUGCAUCAAUACCCCUCCUGUUUGCCUGCACUGCAAGUGCUAAGACUGUGGUGGCUAACCCUAGACUCCAUCUGAGCAACCUUACUCAUGACAUUGUGCAUACCAUUGUGGAAUUUGAUUCUCCUCCGCAUCCAGACAUCAGAAAUAACAAGAUCUAUGUAAUGCACACUGUAGCAGCAUCUCUGUCUGCUUGCCUCUACCAAUGUCUUUGUGAUGGCCACAGUUUCAGUUCUUCAUUUGAAAACCAGUUGACUGGAAUGGUCUACCAGAGCUUUCUGUUUUCACAGCAACGUUCAAACCGAGCAGCCAGCUUAGAUGGCGCAGUAACUCCCAAUACUUCCCCAGACCAAUGGCCAGGCAUAAAGGAACUAAUUAAUCUCUUGAAUUCUGCUGGAGAUGAGGAUAAGCCCAAAUUGACAGUCCUACUCUGUGAGGUAUUGACAGCAGUUUACCUUAGUCUUUUUGUUCAUGGCUUGGGAACACACUCCAGCAAUGAGCUAUUCCGCCUUGUAGCUCAUCCUCUUAACAGCAAAAUGUGGCCUGCAAUUUUUGGUGGAGGUGUCCACAUUCCUGUGAAGAACCAAAUCCAACCUAAGCCUGUUACAGCAGUUACUCCUCCCUCUGAUAAGCAUCACAGCCAUUUUAAACGCAGAGUAUCAAAAACAACAAACAGAGAAUCCAGAACAUCCUCUCACAGUCCUCCUCCAGCUGUCAGUCAAGAGAUUUCAGUCUAUAAGGAGAAGUUCAUCCCUCCUGAGCUGAGUAUCUGGGAUUACUUUAUAACAAAGCCCUCCCUUUCCCCAGCACACAGUAAAAUUGAAUAUGAUUCAGAAGAGAGCCAGGGCAGUGAUGAUGAGGAAGAUGCUUUUGCUUCAGACGUACAGCUUCAGGAACAUUCAAAUCCAAAUUCAUUCAGCUGGUCACUGAUGCGAUAUGCUAUGGUGCAGCUGGUGCUACAUAAUUUGAAGAACUUUUACCCAAUGGCAGGGCUGGAUCUUUCAGAACUCCCUGUUUGUUCCCCAUCAUGCCACGCAAUUUUAAAAACUCUUCAACGUUGGGAACAAGUAUUGCUUCGGCGCCUUGAAUUAUUUGGCGGCCCUCCUCCAGACUUCAUCUCAAUGCAUGCCAGUGAAGGCACAAUCUCUUCAGGUCCUGCUCUUCUCGUCCACAAAGCAUUGCUGGAACCCACCAAUACACCAUUUAAGUCAAAACACCAUACUGUACUUCCUGUAAAGAGACUUUGGCAAUACCUCGUCAAACAGGAAGAAGUACAAGAGAUCUUCAUUAGAAAUAUUUUCACAAAAAAGAGAUGCCAAAAUGAGCAGUCAGUAGACACUUCCAAUGAAACAGUCAGAAAUUCUAUGAUGGAGGAACCUAGCAUCGACAAGGUGGAAGCUGAUUCUGGUUACCCUGGUGGAAGGGCAAGGAUUGUCCAUAAAGAAUCUGACAUUAUUACAGCAUUUGCGAUUAAUAAAGCUAAUCGGAACUGUGUUGCUAUAGCCACAAGUCAUGAUAUCCAGGAGUUAGAUGUGUCUGCUAUCCUGGCUACCCAGAUCUACACUUGGGUUGAAGAUGAGUUUGAACUGGAAUCAAAAGGAUCAGAUGAGUUUCUGGUGGUCCAUGCUAGAGAUGAUUUUGGUGAUUUGCAGUGCAGCACACCCUAUACUCCCAGUGUUCCUGGCACCCCAAUAAAUAUGCCAUGGCUUGGCAGCAUGCAGACUGGCCGAGGAGCAUCUGUGAUGAUCAAGAGGAAUAUGAAUAAUGCCAGGAGGAUGGCUUCACAUCCAACACUACCUUAUUAUCUAACUGGUGCUCAGGAUGGUAGUGUUCGAAUGUUUGAAUGGGGUCACUCACAGCAACUAGCAUGCUUUCGACCUUCAGGCAAUUCCAGGAUAACCAGAAUACGAUUUAAUCAUCAGGGUAAUAAGUUUGGCAUCGUUGAUGGAGAUGGAUUCCUGAGCUUCUGGCAAACAAAUCCAAUUGCUUUAGGAGCUACACCAAAACCUUACCUGACCUGGCAGUGCCACAACAAAACUGCAAAUGAUUUUGUUUUUGUUAGUUCGUCUACUUUAAUAGCAACAGCAGGACAGUCUAGUGACAACAGGAAUAUCUGCCUCUGGGAUACACUUGUGCCACAAACCAAUAGCCUAAUUCAUGCUUUCACCUGUCAUGAUAGUGGAGCCACCGUGUUGGCAUAUGCAUCAAAGCAACAACUUUUGAUAUCAGGAGGAAGAAAAGGAUACAUUUGUAUAUUUGACCUACGUCAGAGAUUACUGCGUCAAACUUUUCAGUCUCAUGAUUCACCUAUCAAAGCAAUUGCUGUAGAUCCAUCAGAGGAAUACUUCAUUACAGGGUCUGCCGAGGGUAAUAUGAAGGUUUGGAGCUUGUCUACCCACAGCCUGAUUCACACAUUCUCAAAUGAGCAUGCUCGCCAAUCACUCUUCAGAAACAUAGGAACAGGAGUCAUGCAAGUAGAAACUGGUCCAGCAAAUCAUAUGUUCUCGUGUGGAGCUGAUGGAACCAUGAAGAUGAGGAUCCUGCCAGAUCGUUUUAGCACAGGGACUGGGAAAUUAGAUAUCUGGCAAAAUGAUGUUAGAUUUAUACUAUGAUAGCGACGUCGUCAACAUAGCCCCUCGACUUAAAUUCAGAGCUGAAAUAUUCUGCGUGUUAAGUGUAGGGAGAACAUUGCUGCCACAGAGAGAUGUGUUGAGCUGAAGUGGAGAUUUUCUUUCUUGUUUUAAUUCUUAAUGCACUGAUGCCUUAAGAAGAUUGUAAACUUUUGAAUUUUGUUAAUAAUUAAAACUAGGAAUUCUUGAAUCUAAAUGUGUCAAAAUGUAAGAAUGAUGUAAUUUUAUUGUACAAUAAGGUAAAAUGUGUUGCUGCUAAAAAAAAAAAGCUUUUCUUCGUUGAUACAGGUUGCCGGUAUUUUUUGAAGUGUCAAAUGUACAGCACUCUAAAGAGAAUCAAAUAGUACAAGAUACAAUAAUUAUCUUUUUUAAGCUUGUAUUAAGAGUUUGUACAUGAUAAGGUGAUCUGAACUGUGACCAUUCCUUGUUUAUUUGCCUUAGGAAGCCCCUGAAAUACAAGCUAUAGAUACUUAUUUUUUUGCUUAAAAUCUUCAAACAGGAGAACAUAGCUAGUGUUCCAGGUGUUUGUGGCAAGGGAGAAUUUAAAAAAAAACCAUGCACAGCAUUUUACAAUAAAAUGGAAGGCAAAAGUAUAAAAAAAAGAAAUCCUUUGUCUUGAGCUAUAGCUGUAAAUGUGAUCCACUAAAGUUUAAAUGGUUCUUCCACUGAGACAAUAAUAUCUAAAUUAAUUGUUAUCUCUUUUUGUGUGCAAGCAUACAUAGCCAUAGGGAACUGCAAGCAGCCGCUACUGCCAGUGCCACUUUGUAACAGUCCAAUAAUGGGUGUAUUGCUGUCGAGCCAAGAUUACUCAAUAUCUGAAUUUAAAAAGAUUAGUAACCCAUGAUGUGGGGAAUCAAGGACACGCAGCUGCAUCCUACAGUCCAUUAUGCAAUGUAUUGGUAUGAAAGAAAAUUGUUUUAAAACAUUUUUUGACCUAAACUAAGUAGUUAAAGCUCUAUUGUGAGUUCUGUUAGUAAAAGAUUAGAAAACCUUUGCUGCAAUAAGACAGUAAAUGGACAUCGAACAUUUAUCUUGAACAUCCUAGGUUAGAAAGGAUUAAUGAUAUGCAGAGUUGUUCAAUUUAAAAAAAAAAUGUAUCUUUUAUAUGGUCAAAUGUUUAAAUGCAAUGCUUGAUGGAAAAUAAGCCAAAACCAGACUAAUGGUUGGAGCUUUCCUUUCCUGAAAGCAAGUUGAAGUAAAAGUUGCAUAUUUAUAAACUGCUAAUUGAUUAUCCUUUGUUAUGACUAAAUGUAUAGCGUGUGAAGGAAUAAUCACUUCUAAAGAUAAAUUUUGAGCAAAUGCCCUCAGCUUCAACUUCUAAUAUUUACCUUUGCAUAUGUUAUGAUUCAUUACAUUCAGCAUUCCUGUUCUAAAACAAAAGCAAAAUUUCCAUACUUCUGAUUUUUUAAAAAAAACAUUUUUUAUGCUUUUUGGAUGUUUCCCAUCUAAUGUCAUGUACCAGUACCAGUGAGGGAAGGUUGACAGUUCCCCUAGACUUACUCCACCUUCCUUUUCCGUGUCAACUGAAAAGACAUGAAUGGAAGUGGAACCAUGAUUACUUGACCAUCCUAUUUUGUUUUAAUUCCCUCUCCGCAUAAGGAACAUUUGCCCUUGCCAGCAUGUACUGAUCAAACUGACGAAUCAGGUAUUCAGAACAUUGGAAAAUGCUGAGCUAAACCUCUACCUUACCAAUUUACCUAUCAAAUUCGUAAUGUUACUGGUUCACUUUUUAACUAGUCAUUUUUGUGUAAAUCAAUUUACUUUUAUAAAAGAAAGGUAAGCACCAUCUUUUUAGACCAACUAAAAGGAUAUGUGUUAGGAUUAAUGAAUUGCACUAGCACUAUGUUAGUCAAACAGCAGCUACUUCAUUACAAGAUCCAGAUGUAAAAGUAUACAGCAGUACAAAUUGAACCUUGUACAAUUGGAAAACUUCCUUAUAUUCCAUCAAAUGCAGGAAUAAUUAUAACUGCUUUUUAAAAAAUAUAUAUAUUUGCUAUUGUUUCAUGCACACCCAAUAUUGGAAAUAAUCAUUUUUAGGUAAAAGAUCAUAGCAGUUCACUUAUUGUGAAUGAAAGCACAUUGUUUUAUAAGUGUUGACAACCUGGGUUAUAAAACAAAUAAAGCAUUUUGUGUAUUGCUUAGCAAAGAGGAAUAAAAUCUUAUGUUUUUGUAAUGGGUUCACUUUUUAAUACGCAGUUGGCAUAUGCCACAGUGUGUGUUUGAAGUAUAAGAUUAAGCAUGAAGUCAAGUGCACAUGUAACCUUAACUGAUCACAGUUUUAUGUAUCUAUUAAUUUCAUUAAUUAUAUGAAUUCUUGCUUUGCAAAUGUUUUCAUAUAUAGGCAUUACAUGCACGCAUUUACAUUCAUCAUAGUAUAUAUAAAGGACUUAUUCAGGGUUGUAUUUUUUUUUUCGUUAUAUACUCAGGUCUUUGCUUUAAAAUGUUUCAGUAUAAUUAAAACACUUAUUGGUAAAACUUAAUUUUAUCUGUCAGAUAAUCGCGUUUGUUUAUUUAAUAGGUAAGAGUAUAACAACAGAAAGGAAGAGUACAGAAGAAUCAAAUCUUGGUCAUUUUAAUUGUGCAAUAAAAUGUAUUAAUUUUAUUAUAGAGCAAAAUUUAUGAAAUACUAUUGAUAUAUCUGAAAAAAAACUUUUUUUCCUCUUUCCUACUUAUAUGGAAUAUGCUGUAAUAAUUAAUUUCAAAGAAAAUACUGCACAGCUUAAUCAUUAUCAUUGACUCCUAAAUUACCCAGAGAUUUUGAACUCAGCACCUAAAGUAAAAAUUAGCCUUAUGCUUUGAAUCAUAAUAAAAGAGAAAUAUGUAAUUCCAAGUUAAAAAUUACUGGUGCUCAGCUUCUGGUUAUAUUAUCAGAGGCUGGCUGUACUGAAUUUUCUUCAAACAGAAUUAUGUCAAUCAUGUUGUACUUAACAUAAAUAAUUGUUUCAAUAAAACAGCUAUAGAAGGAAAAA